AUGGACCGGUCGGGAUUCGAACCCGAGACCUUCCGCAUGCAAAGCGGACGCGAUACCCCUACGCCACCAGCCCCGCUGUGCGGGCCGCUUAUUGUUGUACGAAGAUCCGUUAUCGGUCGGGGCACGUAUGUCGACGACGGCAAGCUAAAAUCGUCGUUCUUAGGGACUUUUAAAAAGGUAGGAUACCUCCACAAUAUUGCAGUAGUUGCGUAUUGA